CGAGGCGGGCUGGUGGCGUCGCCCAGGGCAACGGCGAUGGCGCCCAUGGCAGCCGGGCGGCUCUUCUCGCUGGAACUGCUGGUGGACUGGGUGCGGCUGGAGGUCGGGCUGUCACCGUGCGCCGGGAGACCCGCUGUGGCGUUCCGCCUGCUGGACUUCCCGCCGCUGCUCGUCCUCCCGCCUGCCGCUUCUGGCCAGGAGCCCCAGAGCGGCACCAUCGACUUCGGGCGCGGCAAGGCCUGCCUACUACGCCUGCGCCCCGCCGCCCUGCAUCGCCCGCGCCUGCGCGCAGUACUGCUGCAGCUUCCCCAGGGCCCAGCGUCUGCACCGUGCCUGUUGGGGGCUUGCGACAUCCUGCUGGUCGCCUCCCCCCAGGGCCGACGGGGUAAAUUCACCCUGCGGGGCCCGGCGGCCGAGCCCGUCGGGGAAUUGGCUGUCUUCUGCCGCCUAACCGACCUGGGACGCUUUCCCCCUGGGGCUCAGGAGCUGCCGGGCCCACUGAGCCCUGCUAGUAUCAUGGGUUCCGAGGCCCUGGAGGUGUGGGAGCCACGUACCCAGGACGCCCCGAAGCCAUGCACCAAAGAAGCCGCUGCCAGAUGCCUUCAGUGUGCCUCCAAUGUACGCUGCUUGGAGGCCUCAGAGCCAUGCGCCAAGGAUACUAACAGCUGGUCUGCAGGGGAUUCAGACCCCUCAGCUAUCCAGAAGACCUGGGAAGAAGCAGUCUUACACAGUAAGGCCAGCUCUGGGGACAUGGCUUCUGCCCCUUGUUCACCUGCUCCCAGUGGGAGGUCUGUCAGCCCUCUCAGCCCGGAGGUCACGGAGCUAGACUUUGAAUCCAACACCUUUUGCCCUCCUCCUCUGUAUUACACUCACCUGGCCCAGGAAAAGACAUCUUCUGCCAGGGUUGAAAUCACUAUUGAGCCUCAGAGAAAUGGACCUGAGGACCUGGAUGGUAUUUUUCCUGAAACAAAACGUGUAGGUCCUCCCAUACAUCUGGUGAAACAUACAAGAUCUGCAAUGGAGGAGAGCCCUCCAGUGCUUCUAAAUCCUCCACAGAUGAAGGGUCCAGGCUCAGUUAAUGAGGUUACAUGUCCCCCUCAGACUGAACAAAGUACAGCCAAUGCAAUAAGACAGCUGCCGCUGCUGAAUGCUUUGUUGAUUGAACUGUCCUUGCUGUGCAACCAGCCCGUGGCAAGUCCCACUCAGGUUCACCCCCACUUAGCCUGGUUGUACGGAAGUGAACAUAAGGGGCCAGAACCUUCUGUCAAGUCCACAUCUCGGUCAGAAUCAAAGAGCGCAUCUCGGUCUGAACCAAAGAGCAACAAACUUUCUGUGCGAGAACAUGAAAAGCUCGUGAGUCUUCAGUCUAAAAAGAACCCUAAAGGUAAACAUUCAGAGAAGAUCAGUGGUAGCCCUCCACCAAGGGUUACAAAGGGUAAGCUGCUUUAUGGCUUAACAAAUACACUAAGACUGCGUUUAAAGCAAACAAACCCCGACAUGCUGGUUGUACAUGAAAAGAGAGAACAGUAUAGAAAAUCGCAAAUCAAAGCAGUGGAGCCCAAAGUCCGAGGGCCGUCAUGGAAAGGGAAAGUACCAAGCUUGGCAGCACAAAGUCAGAUGCCACCACAGCUGCCCAAGGAUAAGUCUUCAGACUCAAAUGGGUCUUUUGCUGAGGGUAGUGAUACUUCAAGGCAAAUCAGUGCGUGUUUUGAUGAGUUAAGUACAACUAAAAAAAUGAAUUGGAGCCAUGCUAUUAAAAAAGACACAGUUGAGCAGGGUGAAAACAGAACCAGUGACACUUGGUUGGAGGCAGGUGUGUGUCCUGCAGAUUCCAUUAUUUCAGAAAGAUGUCCUCAUUCAAAUAUUCUGGGAGGAACAUCGAAAAUGAAAGUCCAAAGCCCAGCGCUUUCCCGACAGGAUCCUGCUGUUGACAAGCCUGUUGAUGAGGGGAAAGAUGGUAGACAAGUCGAAGUCACAGACAUUGUGACUGCAGAUACAAGUGCAAACAGACCACCUAGUACAAAGAGUUCCUGUGAGAGCAUCUCGGAGCUACAGCGCCAGGAGGAGUUGGCCAGCCCUUGCUAUUCGGAAGACUUCUGCAUGACUGAGGAUGACAGCAGAAGUCUGGCUCCCGACUCCAGCACAGGGGCAGAAAAUGCCCAACACGGUUCACAGACGAGCAAGGCAAGCGAGGCAAGGCUGUCCACAAGGAAAAACAGUAGUGAAGUGAGUCCUGUGCUCAGCCCUCCCUUCUCGGCUGGCUCACCAGUAUGCUCACAUAAAAGGUCGUAUGUGUUGAAGACUGCCCAUGGGAGUCUGGAGGAAGCCUCCAGCAGCUCCACCAGUGACUUUUCAUCACAGUGGACAAAUGAAAAGGAAACCCGGGCAGAACCACUGAGUACAGGCAGAUCAAAGGUCAUGAGGACAGGUUGGGACAGCUCCACUAAACUUAAAGUAGGAGCUGGUCGCAAGUCCUCUGAGAAAAGCCAGUCACCAAGGACAUCUCAAGUGAGUUCUUACGAGCCAUCAAAUUUGUCUGAGCUAGAACUCAAGGGCUUAGACAACAGUGCAGAAGCUGACUUCCAAGAAGAGGAAGAUGACCUCGGUUCACUGAAUAUCUCCAAACAGUGCAGAGAUAUCUGCGAAUUAGUAAUAAACAAACUUCCAGGAUAUACCGUCUGAAAGUUGCUACUUUUGAAAGAGGCGUAAUAACCAUACAUAACCUUAGUACAUAACUUAUGUGGUAGUUCUUUUAGCCAAUGUACAUAGUUUGUCGUUUAUGUUUCAUGCCUUUCCCUUCAAGCUGAUAUACUCUGAAGUCACUGUUAAGUUUAGGAAUGAUUCUUUUGUGAGAUGCUUAAGAUUAAAAGUAUGUCUGUAUACUCUGCAAAAGUGUCCGUCUUGCAGUGUAGAUUAUUCUAAAGUUGGUGUUUCAUGCACCAUUGUAAAAAGAGCUUGUUAAUGAGCUCAACACCACUUCUUAAUGGGAAUAAAUCUUGUAACAGAUGUGUUAAGAGUGUGAGAUGCAGAAAGGGAUUUAUGAUCUGCUGCUAAGAGCUUUUGGUUUACAGACUUCAUAACACUCUGUCCUUUAUUAUUUAAUCUCCCUUUUAUAUUACUCUAUUAACACUUAUUUGAGCAUAUGUUCCUUAAUAAGAAAUCCUGUCUUGUUUUACACACCAAUAUUACCUUAGUUUUUUUUUUUUUUUUUUAUGAAUUUGCUGAAUAAAGUCCUUGGCAGUUUAAAUGCCUCCUGUAGGCUGUAGCACUAACACUGAUAAGAAGCAUGGAAACUCCCUAGUGGAGACAUGUUUGGGUAAUAGUUUACUUUCACUGAGCAUAAACAGCCUUCAAGUGUACUCAAGCAUUUAGAGAGAACAAAGAAAGGCUUCAUUACAUAUAGUUUCGUGGAUAGGAGUUUGAUUUAUGUCGUAUUUUCAGAUUGUUCAAUAUUUAUAAUGGAGGAAAGCUGGUUUUCAUGUACCCUAGUCAUCAGUUCUGUAUAAAAUCUUUUAUCAAUUUUAGACUUCAUUCUGUGUUCAAAUAUUUGAGGCAUUUUCUUAUAGCUGUGAUAUAUAUAUUUAUAGCUGUGAUAUAUAUAUAUGCACAUAUAUGUAUAUAUAUAAACUUUUAGACUUUUUAAUGUAGCUAAUAGUUUGGGACCCAUGGGGCAAAGCCUUCAUUUCCCUUUUAUUACAUAAAUUAGUAUUAAACAAUUACAUAAUCACGUGGGCAUGUUCUGAGUGGUUAUGAUAGUAGGUAAGAUUUACAACAGUGACGAGAAGAGGACAUUCUCUUUUGGGGAUCAUUGUGGAUAAACGAGUAAAGAUGGGAAUGAGCUUAUCACUCCUGGGAGAGAAUGUCAUCUUGGUGAUAAUAUUAUGUUCAUGUUAUAGUGGUAUAAAGGAAAUUUGUCCCACAAGGAAAGUUCCAUAUUGUAGAGAGACUCAAACUCCAAGUACAUAGUCAAGUGAUGGGAGAUAGGGGCAGUACAGCAUUGGGUUAUGAGUGAACACCAGUAAAUAAUCAUGGCCUUUGAAUAUGUAAAAUACUGGAAAUAAUUAUUCAGAGUUACAGAAAUUAAGUCUGGAAAUGGAAAAGGA